ACGCGUCGAGUGUGAAUUUAUAAAUUUUAUUAUUUACACAAAAGUUACAAGAAAGUUAUUUAUGUAAAAGUGAUGACGGCGAGUGAGAACGAAGUGCAACUUUUUAACCGCGGUGAAAAGGUCCUGUGCUACGAGCCUGACCAGUCGAAGCACAGGGUAUUGUACGACAGCAAGGUUUUGGCUGUGUACACGCGAAAGGACAAACAGGGUCAGAUCUACUACGGUUACAAAAUUCAUUUCCAAGGCUGGAGUGCAAGCUGGGACAAAGAGGUGCGUGCUCCAAUCUUGCUGAAAGACAACGAAGAGAAUCGAAAAUUGCAACGUGAGUUAGCGGCAGCCGCACAGCUAGAAAAAACUGGCGGUUUCUCGUAUAAAGAUACCAAAACGCCGACGUUGCCCUCUGCCAAGCGGAAGCGCGUACCUAAGUCUGAAGAGCAAGCAAACGACUCUUCCCCUUUGUCACAAAGCUCACUAUUUCAGAAAAACCAAAAGAGCCCGGCAAAUUUGCAAGAUAGCAGCGCAAAUCGAACUAGAGAUAAGAGCCGUGGCAGAAAGUCACUGCUCGACGAAUCUGUCUCCGGUGGUGAUGCCACAAUGAGGAACUCACGCAAAAGUGUACGCGGUCAGGGUAAGCGGAAAGCGGGAAAGACUAGGUUAAGCUUCAACAAUGCGUCUGAAGCUACAGCUAAGCUUUUCCACCAAGAGGAUCGAGUAAUGCUGCGUAUUAGUGAACGUCUGCGGGAGUAUAUGGAGUACGACUAUCAUGCAAUCUCCAAAGUUGGAAUGCAACACGUGCUACCCGCACGCGUGCCAAUUGUGACCAUACUUGAAAACUUCGUAAAGCAGACUGCUGUGGAGCUGGCCAUUGGCAUCAAGCAGGAAAGUUUGCGAGCACGCAACACACAAAGCCGUAAUGCUAAAUUGGAGCGCGAGUUCGAUCGUGUGAUGUCCAACGUUUGCAUGUUAAAGGAGGUCGUCGAUGGACUGCGCAUUUACUUUGAGUUUCAUUUAGAAGACCAUUUGCUUUAUAAGGAGGAAAUGAACUAUAUACAGGAAUACCUGACACCAGAAAACUUGAAAGCCCGCAGAGAUUACUUAAACAAUGUCUACGACGCGGAGACUUAUGACAUGGAGGUCAAGUUAACCACCACCCCUGAGGGUGAGAACAUACUGGGCGGCGUCGAGUACGAGAAGCAGCUGGAAAAGUGUCUGGUCUAUAUAGUUAAGAAAAUCGGAAAGGGAAAGACUAAUUUGUCUCAUGCUUAUGAUCAGCGCGACUCGCCCUAUAAGGCGGCCUAUAGACUCCCCAAUGAAAUGCGUGGCUUUCUCUGCGAGACCUUUAGCUGGCGUUUGCUAUCCGCUGAGUCGCCGCCAGAGAAGUCGAUGGUAUUUGGUGCACCACACUUGGCGCGCUUGUUGGUGAAAAUACCCGAGUGGCUGAAUGGCUCUCCCAUACCAAAUGAAAAGCUAAAGGAUUUGCUGCCACAUCUAGGUUCAUUAAUAAACUACGUGGAGAACCAUAAGGCCUGGUUUGACAAGGACAAUUAUACAAAAAUCAGCACUGAGUACAUUGUGAAGAGCGACCCCAAAUCUUGGUUUGACAAGGACAACUAUGUCGGCACUGAUACGAUUCCGAAGCAGCCUAUUAUCUUGGAGGGUGCUAUCGAUAAAUAGCAUUGUGUUACUAGUUAAAUCCCUUGGCACUGAAUACUUUUUAUUAUUGUAUUUUAUUUAUUACGAGUUUUUAAAGCUUGAUUUUUUUUUGUUUGUUUAAGAAUUGCAAUUGUCAUUUGUUUCAUCAGUAUCAAUUAUUUUGGUUUCUUUUUUAACUACAAACUUGUAAAUAACGAUAGUCUAUAUAUAUAAAAAAAACUCCUACACAUGUAUAAUCGAAUAGCUAUAGCUAAUGUUAAUACGGAAAAGACAAUUUUUUUUUGUUCUCAGUGUUGUUUCAUCGUUUGUGUGCUUAAUAUUAAGUUAGUAUGGCGUAAGAUUACAUGCUAAUGCUUUUUUUUUUUUUUUUUUGAGCU